AUGCAAAACGACUUUAUCCUCGCCGCCAGAGCCAACGAUCUGGACCGGCUAAACUACUUGAUUCACAUCGAGGAGCUGCAGAUUCCAGAGAUUGGAUAUGGAACAACUGCAAGAUAUCUCGCAUCCUUGGAAGCGAUACGCUACAAUCGCCCUGAGGCACUGGCUUUGCUACCACGUUUACAAACUCCUGGAACUAAAGCGGAAAGAUUGCAUCGAUGCAAUCAUUGCCCUGGGUUGGGACAUCAAUAUGGGCGUCGGCCAUUUUGGGGACCCUCUGAGGCACGUACGCAACCGAACACUCUCUCCCUAAGCCUCGAUGACCUAGACAUGGUCCAAUUCCUGCUUUCGCGAGGCGCCGACCCAAAUCAGAGCUACUACCGCUUCCCUAUCUGGACCGCACUGGAGGGAGCAGCGGCUUUCAAUUCCAUUCCCGUUAUUGAGGCGCUGAUUGAUGCUGGGGCUGAGCUAAAGAGCCGUCGCGUUCUGGCUAGGGCAGCUGGAAAGGGGAGGAUUGAUGUGGUGAAGUACCUGCUGGAUCGGGGAGCACCCAUCGAUACGAACCCCCGGUUGUACGAUGAGGUGAAUAAGUCUUUCUAUUACGACGAGAUUGUUUUUAGGAGCGCCCUUUGUGAGGCUGCGUUUACAGGCCAGGCGGAGGUUGUGCAGUUGUUGCUUGAGCGCGGUGCAGAUCCAACAGUUAGAGAUACGGAUGGCAGAUCCAACAGUUAG